AUGACAGCGAGACCGCUUGUCACCGUUUACAGCGAGAAGAAUGAAGCCACCGCCAGCCAAAUCAAGCUUCCAGCCGUCUUCCGUGCUCCAAUUAGGCCCGAUGUCGUGAGCUUCAUCCACGAUCAAAUCAGCAAGAACAAGCGCCAGGCCCGAGCUGUCUCCACCGAAGCAGGAAAGCAAUCAUCCGCUGAAUCGUGGGGAACUGGACGUGCCGUCGCUCGUAUUCCACGUGUUCGUGGUGGAGGUACUCACCGAUCCGGUCAAGGAGCUUUCGGAAACAUGUGCCGUGGAGGACACAUGUUCGCACCACUCAAGGUCUGGAGACGUUGGCAUCGGCGAGUGAAUGUCGCCCAAAGACGCUACGCCAUCACAUCCGCUAUUGCUGCUUCCGGAGUUCCAUCGCUCGUCCAAGCUCGCGGACAUGUUGUUGACAACGUUGCUGAAAUUCCAUUUGUCGUCUCGGACAAGGUUGAAGGUUUCCGCAAGACCAAGGAGGCCGUGUCUUUCUUGCGCCGUUCUCAUCUCUGGGCCGAUGUCGAAAAGGUUUACAACAGCAAACGUUACCGUGCCGGUGUUGGAAAAAUGCGCAACCGUCGUUACAAGCAAAAGCUCGGACCACUCGUCAUCUAUGGUCAGGAUUCCGCCAUCGCUCGUGCUUUCCGCAACAUUCCUGGAGUCGAUGUGUUGAAUGUUGAGCGCCUCAACCUUUUGAAAGUUGCUCCCGGAGGACACCUUGGACGUUUGAUCAUCUGGACCGAGUCAGCCUUCAAGAAAUUGGACGCCAUCUAUGGAACUCCAUCUGCCCCAUCUGAGCUCAAGAAAGGAUUCGUUCUUCCUACAGCUAAGAUGGCCAAUCCUGAUUUCUCAAGAAUUGUUCGUUCCGAGGAGGUUGUGAAUGCCGUUCGCCGAGUCAGAAAAGUUAAAGUCACACCAAAGGUUCAUCACAACCCAUUGAAGAAGUUCAAACUCAUGGCUGCACUCAAUCCAUAUGCAACUGUUCUACGAGACGCCGCUCACAAGAAGCAAAAAGCC